ACGCGUGCUUGCAGUUCGUCAAUCGGUUCUUUUUUUCCUUUACUGUUCUAAGCUUUAUGCAAUUUGAAAUAAACAUUAAUUAAAAUGAGUGUACGAUUGUUAAAUGUAACCAGCAAAUUGCAGGGAUUGAGUAAUAUCAGUAAACGCUUCGGGUUUCAUCCAAUUUUGGCUAAAACAGGUUAUGCAACAGAAGCAACCCAAAAACUGUUGAAACAAUCAGUUCUUUUAAGAAAUAAUGCGCUAUGCUUUCAAUGGGAUAGUCUGCAAAAUCCAAUUUACAGUGGAUAUUCUACUGCAGCUCGAACAACAACAACGCCGAAAACGCCAAUAGUCACAGUGUUAUUGGAGAAAAUAAUGGCAGUACACCAAAACACAGGUCAACUUAACUUCGAGCUAUGCGACAAAAUCAUCACGCAAUUGGAAAAGAACCCAAAUGUUUACAAUCAACUUCUUGGUGAUGAGCAGGCACAUUUCCUACUUCGUGCUUCCGGUACCGAAAUGCCAGCUUAUCCAAGUAGCACCCGUUUGGAGCUUUUUCAGCGAUUGUGGUCUUACUUGUCACAACAUGACCAGUUAAACGGAUCUCAUUAUAUAACUUGGCUGCAUGUCCUGCAGCACAAUCGUACGCCAUGCGAUGAUUUCAAAAAAUUGCUCCAAGAAUUUAACAAAUUAAAUGUAAAUAAUGAAUACGCGCUGUCCGAUAUUUAUGCAGAACUAUUGGAUACGGCUUGUGGAGCAGGGGAUAUGCAUCAAGCAACAGCGCUGCUUGCGGAAAUGCGUACACAUGACUUUCCGCUAACUGAGCGUCACUUUAAUUCGCUGUUAUGGGGCCACUCACGAAAUCAUGAUCUGGCUGGAUGCCGCUCGGUGCUCGACAACAUGAAUGCUGCUGGUAUCACGCCCAGCGCAGAAACUCACUCCUUAAUGGUGUCGGCAUACUUGGAAAAUGACGCCACCGCAAAAGCAUCGGAAGUGUUGAGUCGAUUUCAUGGACAAUUCAACGCGGCACAAGUAGUGCGUAUGCUAAGGAGUCUUCUACAUAUUCAAGCGCCGCAAAAUGAGGAACUUAUAAAGCAGCUGGUACAUGAAUUGCCCAAAGAUUUUACCGCAGGCACAGAAGUACCGAUGCCACUACGUCACUUAUGUGUGGAACUUCUACAUAGCGGAAAUCUAACGACAGUGGAAGCCAUUAUCUUCAAUUUGCCUACACCGCACUUCAACGAAAACCAAAGUAUCGACACCUUUGGCGUCUUUCUAUUGCAAGAACUCUUCCGCACUAAAUACAACGCCACAGAAAUCAUAGGGAUAGCUAAAAAACUCCAGGAUAGCGACAAGAAUACACGUGCACUGCACCUUGCCACUGAAAUAGCUCUGCGACGCAACGCCAAAUCGGCCAUGCCAUUCUUGCAGUCACUUGCUCAGCAGGAACCACUGCGCCCACACUAUUUUUAUCCAUUACUAUUGCAAAGUCAUGAACAAUCGGGCGAAGCCGGUCUCCUAAGCGUAUUAAAGCAAAUGAACUCUCUAAAUGUAACGUGCGAUCGGGAGACCAUCGCGCUGUAUGUUCUACCCAAUUUACCAAUAACACUACAGCAACCCGAAAAAGCAAUAAAGGCGCUUGAUGAAGCAGGCGCCAAACCUUCCCUGGUGUUAAUUGAAAUAGUCAUGUAUCUAUUGUUACGCCAGCGAUUUGAUGCGGCGCAUGAUUUACUUGAGUUGUACCCAACCAAAAUAAAAGUUGAGCAGUUGGUGCCAACGCUAAGCAAUGCAACUGUCAAUGUGCGUGCCACCAAGCGCUAUCAGCAAUUUGCUAAAUUGCUGGCUGUUUUAUCAAAAAAGAACGAAAAUCCCAAAGUUGACUGGAUCGGGCUGUUGCUCUUAAGCAUGGUACAAGGACAAUUGCGUCUACGAAGCGAUCUCAAAGCGCUACAACGCUUCGUUGAUGAAAUUGCCAAAUUCGGACUGGCAAUAUCGCCCGCAGCCGCCAACACCAUAAUAACAACGCUUGAGGAGCAAAUGAAUAAGGACGAGAGCCUGGCUAAGCUGAAAGAAGCGUUGCGAAAAAUUACCGACCAAAAUGUGACGCUGCUGCAAACCGCUAGCAUUGCUGGCAGCAACGCGAGCUCGACUUUCGUGAAGCAUCCACGUGACAUGACGCUCGAAGAGUUAGAAUGCCAUCUAAUCGAAUUAGAAGGUAAAGGCAUGAACACGCGUGGGCUGCUUCGCCGACUAUUGCAACUUUGUGUUCGCGAUGGACGUUUGGAACGCGCACUAGAGAUCAAAGCCAAGUGUGAUCAACUGCAAGUACAGGUCAGCGCUGGUAUGUUAGCUAGCACGCUGGAUCUUUACAUCAAAAUCAAUGAUCUGCCCAAUGCCGAAAAGUGUUUACAGAGACUAGAGGAAGAGUUCCCAAGCUUUUCGCUGGACGAACACAAGUUCAUCGACUUUGCCGCACUGCUUGUACACCACAAUCAGCUGGAGAAAGCGAAGAAAUUGCUGGAAACGCGCGCAACCACACAACGGGUCAAUGGCGGCGACUAUGUUGUUAAGAAUGUUUGGAAUUUUCUUACAAACGUCGCGCAAUUAGCCGCACAAAUGCCUGCGCUUGAACCGGAGCGCAACUUAACACGCGAACACUUCCACUUUUUGCAGAAAUUGAGAUACUGCAACGCGCACAACACGGUCUUGGGCCCGAUUGUGCGCGAGCGUUUGUUGCGCGGCGACAUUAUGGGCGCCGUAAGCGAUUUCAAAAAACUCGCCGAGCUCUACAAACACACGCCGCUUCAGUUCGAAUUGCUCUCGCUACUGGUGCGACUGAGUAACGGUCACGAACCAGCAGUCACGAAAUAUGGUGUUUCCGGCGAAGUGGCACAACAGGCAUUGAGCGAAGUGACCAGCGCCAUCUCCAAAGUACAUGGCACCUUGAACAUGAAUAGUGGUCUGCUGCUGGCCUUUGCCGAGUCCGGCACGGAUAAUCAGUUGCGGCGACUGCUCAUCAAUCCAGAGUUCCGCAUCAACGAAACUUUACUAUUGAAGAACUGCGAGUACUUGGGCGAGGAGGGCGCUGUGAGCACGCUACUGCGUUUGGCGCGUGGCGCACGCGGCUUCGGACGAGUUAUUGAUGAACAAAAUAUUUACAACAUGCUGCUAACACACUUCGCGAAGGGGAAUAAUUAUCAAGCAGCUUUAGAUCUGUACGAGCGCCUUGAAGCAGACGACGAACUGAAAAUAUCACAGGACUUCCUGCGCAAUCUAGUACAAUUGCUGCGUGUCAACAACGUAGAAAUACCCAGCAGAGUGGCGUUGCGUGCGCAGAUCAUGUAAUAAUACGUGGAUACGUUCUUGUUAGGUUAGGUUAAGUCUUAUAUAUACUUAUUUAUAAGCUACGAGUACGAAAUGCAGACGCUUUCGUUAGACUUUGUUUUAAGGCAUUUAUAAUUAGUUAAUAAAACUAGCAAACACUUAAUUGUUAUUUGUAUUACUUAAAUUAUUUUUAUUCACUAGCAAUUAAAUGCUAAAAUAUACAACAGCGCAAAUACAUAUAUCCUUGUUAUUAGUAAACUAGCAUGGACAUUCGACUACAUGGUCGUGUCUCAUCAUAUUUGCCAGCAA